GCUCGAUCGGCCCGGCCAGCCGCCCGCCCGCCUCUUCCUCCCUCCCACCAUGGCCACCGCGCUCCGCACAGCGCUCGUCACCGCAAAGGCCGGCGCCGGCGCGGUCGCGAAGGCGAAGAAAAUCAACCCGGACCUCCUGCACAAUCGCAUACAGGCCUUAGACCGCCUGCGCGCCUCGAUAUUCCAGACGUCGUACAACCCGACGGGCGUGCGCACGGGUGCGAAGUACCUGCGCAACCGUCUGCGCGGCCCGAGCAUGGUCGAGUACUAUCCGCCAGAGGUCGACCUGGCGAAGAUUGCGCGCGAGUAUCCCGAGUUGGAGAUUAUCAACGAGGCGGAGCAGCAGCGUCUUCAAGACGUGCUCGAUCGGAAGACGAGGGGGAAGGGCACGCCGAAGAAGGCGAAGAACAAGGGGGAGACCAGGAGGGCGUCGCGCAAACGCUAAACCAUUCUACUACCGGUCGCCAUGCUCUAUCUUACACCCUUGCCGAGACGUCUCUCGCGCACAUACUGUAUACAUGCCCUGGGCAGCUCACUCACCUCACCCAUCCUUGGCUGAACCGGCGUAAGCCUGAUUGCGGACACCAGGUCUGGGUAUGGAUGCCUCGUCCUAAUGGUCGUGACAUCCAGCAACGGAGUGGUGGUACGUGACUCGUAGGCGUCCUUCCCAUUCCAAUUGGUCGCGCUACUGAGAUGAAUGAGUGCAGAGGGACGCACCACAGUUCACUUUGCUGGUUACGUCUUUUUCCAAGUUCUUGUCGUUAUUCUUCAACUUCGUCGCGAGCCUGUCUUUAUCCUGCCUAAUCGUGACCGCCGGUCCCCACUCUUCUUUUCGACAGUGGGCCCGAGGCAUCCAGUCGAAGUGUCAGAAUGAUUGAACCCAACUACUUGCUUUUGCACACC